CUAAGUCGUUAUCGUGCAAACCUGCGGAAUACGUAUUACUUUCACACAACAGGUGAUCUCUGAGCUUUGAAGAGGACUAUUAACAGGGAGUGGUUCUAGUCUACCUGUUCCUUAUUGUUUUGAAUUUUCUGGAAUCUGAGAGGAGACUCAACCCGAGUUGAACGCUAUAACUAUUUCCAAGGGGUGAGAAGCCUGCAGUCACCAGAAUGCAACCUCUAGCUUUUGGGUCAGUUGUUGCUGUCAUCCUGGUGCAAGUGACCUAUUUGGGCACAGUUCUGGCUGAGAAGGUGUGCUACUUUAGCCAAGAGCCCGACCCAAGCCAGAAUGGUCGUCUUCGCUGGGUCUUGCCUGGUAGUAAGAGCGAUCAGUGUGCUUGUACCAGCAUCUUGCCGGGUCCUGUGUACACCGUGCCGCUCCAAAGAUCACAGGGACCGCUUUACACUGAUACUCCAAUCUUUACCAGUAACCAGGAGGAGAUUCAUGACUACUCUGACUGCAAUGAUCCUUGCAGUCGUAACCCUUGUCAAAAUGGAGGAACAUGCUUGCAAUCUGGCCGCUCUUUCCAUUGUCAAUGUGCAACUGGACUACUGGGUCAAAAAUGCGACGAAAAGCCAUGCGAUUGUGCUGAAUUGCAUUCUCAUCAAAUAAACCGGAGUGGUGUUUAUACCAUUUAUCCGUCGAUGUACCCUGACGGCCUGGAGGUGUACUGUGACAUGGAUGCUGUUUACCCACACGGCUGGAUUGUGUUUCAAAGGUGGUUUGACGGGUCGGUGAAUUUCACUCGCAAGUGGACCGAGUGCCGGGACGGAUUCGGCAAUCUGACGGGCGAAUUCUGGCUUGGAAACGAGAAACUUCGUCAGCUAACAUCUGAGAAAAAAUGGUUACUACGGAUUGAUCUGACGUUUGACAAUCAGACCAGCGUGACAAAGACUACCAGUUACCGAUGGCCAUUCCGUGUUGAAGGUGACAAUUAUGCCCUGAGUGUUGGAAGGUCAACAGCUGGACCUCAAUUGAACGGGCCAAGUUUUCCUACCUCCAACAUGGACAACAAUGAGGAUACCGAUGCUAAUUUUGCGGCUAAACUGAAGGGAGGUUGGUGGUUUGGAGCAUGCAGUGGUAACUCUGAUGGUCCCGACGGCCUUACCGGGGAAUAUGAACGAGGUCCAGAUUAUUGUGGUAUAGUAUGGGAAGACCAUCGAAUAGUCAAAUGUGAAAUGAAGCUCAGUCGGUAUUACAUGUAGUGUAAAAACUGACAGGAAACCAACAACAUUAAGGGAACCACUAUCAAGGUAGAGUGUCAAAUUCCUCAAAUCGGAGGCACAUCAUUUGUAAUUCAAUUUUUCCAAAAUUUGAGGAAAAUGGAAUUAAAAUCAUCUCUUUUGAAAAAUUGACCAUGCGCAAUGAAAUAUUUCAAACCGAAGCAAAACUUUCGGCAAGAAAAUCGCCCCAAAAGAGACGUAGGGUUCAUUAAAUUAUUCUAUGAUCCUUUCAUGAAGAGUUAAUCACAAAAUCAAACGAGAAAUUAAAAAAAGUAUGUACAUGCGGAUUUGGCAUUCAUUUUCUGAAUAAGCAUGGGUACAAUUAGUAAAUAAAAUCAGAUGUUGACAUUGUGUACCCUUUCCAUACAAACAAUACGGAUAAUUAUUUGCUAUGGUUUGGUCGAUGAGAUGUUCAGUAGUAAAUUCUACUAAACUCCUCGCAAUCAACUGUAAGUGUAGUCGUUGCCCUUAAUUACACGUUUAAUUGUGUUAGUUGCAUGAUUCUGACGUUGUUUUGGUAGUUUGUUGCACAGUGUAUUUUGUCACUAACGAUGCAGUGUUAAAAUAAGAAACGAGCAAAAAGAAUACACCUCAGAUUCAUGGAGUUUUUGGACUGAAAGUUCAUCAUUUGGUGUUAGAUUUGAAAUCAAAAAGAAUAAAUUCAAUCGUAAAUGGUGUAUCCAAACGUAGGUUUUAGUCUGAUCAAAACUGGCUUCACGAGUCAGGAAAAUUGUGUUUGUUCAAAUAGUCGUGUGCGCCGUCUUUGAUUUUGUUACAUAAUCAUCAUUCACGCUUGGUAGAUGAGCAGGACACAAUUAAUUCACCAAACAAAGAGUACCAAUUAAGUUCUGGUUACUAGCUAUUAAAGGGGAUGGGCUGUGCUGCGAAAGUUUCUUGUAAAAUAUGCAUCAACACAUUAAACAAACAUAUAUAUAACAAGAAAACACACCUGCACAAUUUCAAAAUGCGCGGAAAUAUGUUAAAAAUUAUAGGUUUCACGUUCCUAUUCCACUCACUUCUGGGAGCAACAGCUAAACAAAAGCCAUCGGGUACAGAAAGUCGUCUGAAGAAAUUCCUAAGAAUCGUGACGUCAUAGGACGGAGUCCUUUAUCCGGCGACUGUUUUACUGUUACGCAACGACGCGUCGACAUGUACGUAAUAGCAUUAGCGUGUGCAGCCUGGCAGACUCAAGCGUCAAUAAUUCCAGCAUUGACACUUUCACCGAUCAUGACAGCGAGCAGUUGUCAUGGUCGUAUUAUUCUUUUCACGAAGAAAGCGACCGAUUUCGAUAAGUUUCUUUGACGAGCUCAAGCGGAGACUGAGAACCAUACACAGAAAACGUCAAUUUUUGCUGAUUUCAUAGACAUAAAAGAGGGAUUAAUCCAACUUAUUGUAUAUAAGACGGUUGAAAGCUACCACAUAACGUUAAUGUAACCUUACAUGGCCCAUCCCUUUAACUUGUGAGAUUUGGAUGUUAUGUGAAUUCAAAAUUUUUAGCAGCCGAUUUUGUGCUCCGUAUUAACAAGAAUCUUAGCAAAUGUUCAUGCAUGACCUCACUUUGACAUAAAUGAAUAAAAAUAAGAGGUAAUAUCGUGAAAUGGGAAAGAGAAAAUAUAUGUAUUGAGACUGUUAAUUAAAUGAAUGGUGUGGAUCACAAUAUGUAGGCAUGAACGUGUGUAUCUAUACAUAGAGUCAAUUUAAACAUUCAGUAUUUUUUCACAGUUACAUUAGAAGUUAUUACACGAAUCUACACUGCUAAUUUGCCAAUUAGUGUAUCAAUUAAAUAAUGACUGCGUCUUGUGAAUAACAAAUUAUGAUUGUACUAGUAAGUAAUCUGUGUAAAAUACAAGCUUUUUGCUGACAAAGAAUGAACGAAUUUGGUGGCAAUGAAACUCGUGUUUCGUAGGAUUCCUUGCAAUUCUCUUCUUUCAUUGGAUCAAAUAACAUUCUAAGCGAUAGCCCAUGCUCGGCGUUCCGGGUACAAAUCUAUUAUGCCUACAACAAUGGAUAAAAACUGUGUUUUGCGGUUAAACAUGAAUAUUCGAUAUUUUGUGUGCUUUAACUAAGUCAUUUUGAUAAGGAGCGAAUAAGAUUCGAGUCUGGAUUGUACAUUUUAGUAUAUAUGCGUGGCAUCACUGUUACAUAUGUAUAGAAAUUACCAAGUCGCGAUAAUAUUUUGGAAAGA